AUGGAAAAUGGUACCAAUCUGAUUCGAAUGAAUAGAGAUUUAAGGUUCAACGGUUAGUUAUAGACUGUUAAGGGAAAUAUUAAAGUAAAAGAUGUAAAAUUCUAAUUGGCUCAAAAAGCUGAUACAUUUCCUUAAUUAUUGGUAGCAUUUACGAAAUUCGGUAUAUUGGAAGAUGAAACUGAAUUAUUUAAAAUAUAUGAUAACAUAUAUGUAUAUUCAAUAGGAUAUUUAAUUGAAAAGUAAAAUUACAAUAUUCAAUAUCAUACAUAGAUUAAAGAAUGAUGUCUAUAAUAAGAAAUCUAAUCCCAACAAUAACUCAAUAUAAUUGAGCACUAUAAUAAGAUCUUUUAAGGAUAGAAAGUCAUUUAAUGAAAUUGAUAACUAAUUUGACUCAAGAUAAUAUAAUAGUGUGGAUACAAAUUAUUGUUAGAAAAAAUACAAAAAUGGGAUCGAUUAUGUUCAGGAAUAAAUUAAAAAAUAAUUGCAAAAAGAUUCAAAUUUGAAAAAGGAAAGCAACAAUAAUAGUAAUAUACAUUAUUAUUGUCAAAUUUAAAAAACUGAAGAAUCCAUAGUAUAGAUAAUGUUAUUAUAUUAAGAAAAAUUAUGAGGAAAUAAGAAACUCAAAAAGUUCUACAUCCCAUUAACAAUAAUCAGGUUCAAGGAUCUAUUAUAAUAAUUUAAACUCGCCCAAUAGAGAAUUAUAAAAAUAAAUACAAAAAUAUUAAGAUAUGAUUGAAUAGAGAGAGUAUUCAAUAAAACAAUUAGAGUAAGUAAACUAAUCCUCUAUUUUAAAAAUUUAAAUAUAGUGUUAAUAAAUUGAAAAUCAAGAUAAAUAUAUAAUAAGAUUAAAAUAAUAAGAGCUCAAAUAUGUGAAAUUAUUAGUAAUUAUUUUAUUUAUGAAAGGGUACUAUUUCAGAAUAUUUAUAAAAGAUAAUUGGGUAAAUUUAAUAAAAAUUGGAUAGGUAAUAUAGAUAAUAUUUAAUCUAGAAAAUAAAAGCAACAAUUAGAAAAAGAGAAAGGUUCUGCUGACUUUUUAACAAGGCAGAUUCAAUCAGCGAGAGCAGACUAUAAGACCAAGAUAAAGUAAUAACAACUUUUUAUAUCUAAUUCAAAAUUAGACCAAAUAUUAAGUGGAAAAUUAAUUGAUUUGUAAAAUUAGUUAACAGAAACAAUAUUAUUAAAUUAAUCAAUUGAUGAUUUGGUUUAAGCUGCAGAAUUUUUAGAAUUAGAUAGUAGUUUCCGAUUUGAUUUUGAAUGA